AUGGCGCACGCCUUCACCAUGUUCCCCGGCGACCCCUCGGGGUACACCAACAGGCUCAAGUCCUCGGACCAGGCCAAGUACCCCAAGACGGCCUUCUUCCAGGGUCCGCUGCAGGUAUCGCGCGUGGAGUGCGACGUGACGGAGCUCGAGACGUCGGGCGAGAUCCCCAAGGAGAUCAACGGCACGUUUUACCGCGUGCAGCCCGACCCCCAGUUCCCGCCCAUGUACGAGGAAGACGUCAACUUCAGCGGCGACGGCAACGUGACGGCCUUUGUCUUCCGCGACGGCCACGUCGACCUCAAGCAGCGCUAUGUGCGCACCGACCGGUUCAAGGCCGAGCGGGAGAGCCGUAAGGCCCUGUUCGGCAAGUACAGGAACCCGUACACCGACAGCGAGAUGGUCAAGGGUAUCAUCCGCACCGUGUCCAACACCAACGUCUACUUUUGGCGGGGCGCCCUGCUCGCCUCCAAGGAGGACGGCCCGCCGUACGCCAUGGACCCCAAGACGUUGGAGACGACGGGGCGGUACGAUUUCGAGGGCCAGAUGAAGGCCCCUGCUUCACGGCGCACCCCAAGAUCGACCCGGAUACGGGUGAGAUGGUGGCUUUCGCAUACGAGGCGGGCGAAGACGCAGGAGUCGUGGUACAAGGCGCCGUUCUGCGGCAUGAUUCACGACUGUGCCCUGACCAAGAACUACCUCAUCCUUCCCAUGACGCCCAUCGUGGCGGACCUGGAGAGGAUCAAGAAGGGCGGGAAUCAUUGGGCGUGGGACCCCACCAAGGACCAGUGCUACGGUAUUGUGCCACGGAAAGGUGGCAAGCCCGAGGAUAUCGUCUGGCUGCGAGCCGAAAAUGGUUUCCACGGCCACGUUGCCGGCGCAUACGAGGACGAGAACGGUCACAUUGUCUGCGAUCUGACGGUCGCGGACGGCAACGUCUUCUUCUGGUGGCCGCCCGAUGAUGCAGGCGAUGGCGCGGUACAAAAGUCGAUGCCCCAAAGGCAAAGACUCAUCUCAGACACGUUCCGGUGGGUGUUUGACCCCAAGAGCCCGACAGACACGCGGGUGACGCCGGCGCCGAUGCGGGCCCCCGCCGGCGGUCUGUGGAACGUGAUUGGCCACUACAACUGGGACACGGGGGCCAAGGACGAGUACUUUGCCGGGCCGACGUGCACGUUCCAGGAGCCCGUCUUCGUGCCCAAGGCGGAGGACAGCCCCGAGGGCGAGGGCUACCUGAUGACGCUGCUGAACCACCUCGACGUGCAGCGCAACGACCUCGUCAUCUUCGACGCGCUGGACCUGGCCAAGGGCCCCGUCGCGGCGCUGCACCUCCCCGUGCGGAUGCGCAUGGGCUUGCACGGGAAUUUCGUGCCGCAGAGCGAGAUUGAUGAUUGGAAUAGGCGUAGGGGCGGCGAGGAGGGCCCUGUUCAGGUGGCGACGGAGCCCCUGCCCUGGCAGACGAAAUUGGCGGAGGCGGCGGCGGCGGCGGCGCACCAAAAUGGGAGCAACGGUGCGAGUGACACCAACGGCGCUACGAACGGCACUAAUGGCGUAAACGGGACAAAUGGGACGAACGGCGUCCAUGCGUGA